GAGGCAUGGACCGCAACCCAUCUCCUCCGGUGCUGAGUUGGGACGAGGAGAAGGACGAGGAGGUGGCCAGAGGAGACUGCAUAGGGAGCACGGUCUACAGCAAACACUGGCUCUUCGGCGUCCUUAGUGGGCUUCUCCAGAUUAUUAACCCUGAAAAUACCAAAUCCAGCUCAGAUGAUGAGGAGCAGCAGAUAGAGCUUGAUGAAGAAAUGGAGAAUGAAAUUUGCAGAGUAUGGGAUAUGUCAAUGGAUGAGGAUGUGGCUUUAUUUCUCAAAGAAUUUAAUGCUCCUGACAUAUUUAUGGGAGUAUUGGCCAAAUCCAAGUGUCCUCGAUUAAGAGAAAUCUGUGUGGGAAUUUUAGGCAAUAUGGCCUGUUUCCAGGAAAUAUGUAUAUCCAUCAGCAAUGAUAAAAAUCUUGGACAGGUAUUAUUGUACUGUCUGUAUGAUUCAGACCCCCCGACUCUGCUGGAAACAAGCAGGUUGUUGCUUACUUGCCUUUCCCGGACAGAAGUGGCCAGUGUCUGGGUUGAAAUGAUCCGGGAACUUCCGGCUAUUUAUGAUAGCAUUUGCUUCAUCAUGUCAAGUUCAACAAAUGUUGACUUGCUGGUGAAGGUGGGGGAGGUUGUAGAUAAGCUCUUUGAUUUGGAUGAGAAACUAAUGUUGGAAUGGAUUAGAAAUGGGGCAGCUCAGCCUCUGGACCAACCCCAGCAAGAUUCUGAAGAGCGACCAGUGUUUAGGAUUGUGCCCUGUAUACUGGAAGCUGCCAAACAAUUACGUUCUGAAAAUCUAGAAGGGCUGGAUGUUUACAUGCAUAUCUUACAGCUACUUACCACAGUGGAUGAUGGAAUUCAAGCAAUUGUACAGUGUCCUGAUGCUGGAAAAGACACUUGGAGUUUACUUUUUGACCUGGGCUGCCAUGAAUUUUGCCAGUCUGAUGAUCCACCCAUCAUCCUUCAAGAACAGAAAACUGUGCUAGCCUCUGUUUUUUCAGUGUUGUCUGCCAUCUAUGCUUCCCAGGCUGCACAGGAGUAUCUAAAGAUAGAAAAAGUAGAUCUUCCUCUAAUUGACAGCCUGACUCGGGUCUUACAAAAUGUGGAACGUUGUCAGAAGAAACCAGAGAACUCGGCAGAGUCUAACACAGACGAGACUAAGAAGUCUGACUUAAUGCGAGAUGAGUUACACUUGAAAAUCUUAAAGGACAUUUCGUGUGAAUUUCUUUCUAAUAUUUUUCAGGCAUUAACAAAGGAGACUAUGGCUCAGGGACUGAAGGAGGGCCAUUUAAGCAAACAGAAGUGUUCCUGUGCAUUUCAAAACCUUCUUCCUUUGUACAGCCCCGCGGUGGAAGACUUUCUUAAAAUCCUACAUGAGGUUGAUAAGACCCUUGCCGAUGACCUGGAGAAAAGCUUCCCAAGUUUGAAGGUUUAGACUUAAAACUGAAUUGGAAUUUCUUCUGCCCAAGAAAUAAACUUUAUUUUUCCUCACUGACAGUUGAAAUUGAUAUAUAGGAAAUAUCAGAUAAAGCCCAUAUUAGACCAUAAUUAUCUGGUGGUACACUCAUGCCCUACUUCCUCCCCCAGCUUUGUCUCACGUUUAUUUAGCAUUAGGAUCUGGAAUUUCAGACCUCUAUCACUUUUUCAUAGUUAAAAACAUAAACCACCACCAUCCCCCCUCUUCUUUAUGUUGGUUAUGUGGUAUUUAUUAUCUUUACGUGAAGAAAACAAAAAUACAAGCUUAUUUUGAGGUUCUUUUUUAAGGUAUUUGAGGGGUUGGUGAGGAUUUCUUUGUAACUCGUGGUUCUGAUUUUUAUGUGAGAAUUUUGUAUUUGUAUCUGUUAAAAGUGCACUCGGUUGCACUAAUGGAAAACCCUACUAUAGUAGCUUAAACUGAUAGCUUUUAUGUAUCUUAUGCAAUAAGAAAUCCAGAGGUGUGUGGUCCAGGCCUGAUAAGGUAGCUCAGGGACCCUGACUCCUUUUACCUUUCCACAUGGUCUGCCAUGUAGACCUUCGUGUUUAUUCUUUUUGUCAUGGUUAAAGGGACUUCACCGUUUCAGGGUCUUUUGUCCACAUUCAGGGAGGAAAAAGGAGAAAGAAGUAUAGGGGCUUUCUCCUAGCAAGUCUUUACCUUUUUAUUUGGGAAGAACAGCUCACCAUAGCCAGAACCCUGUUGUAUGGCCAUCAUUAGCUAUAAGUAUUUGAAGUUAAGAGCUUUUUUCUUUUUAGACUCUAUAGGAGAAAAAGGCAAGACUGUCAAUCCACAGUGUUUGGCAAACUGUGCAAACAUAUUUUAGCCAUUUUGUGACUAUAAUUUGUGUUGAUUCCACACCAGAUUAUUAGUAACAGCUCGAAAGUUAUUGGUAUUAGUUUAGCUUUGUUGCGUUUCAGAAAUUCUUUUUUCAGUAUGAAAGUAGAAAUACUAACAUUUUGAUUAAAACUCUCUAACAGAAUUCUCUAUUUUUAGCAUGAUUCCCGUGGUAGAAUUUCAAAAAAUUAUUUACUUCAGUGAAUUCAGGAUUUUUAAAUUAAGAUUGAGGAAGUUUAAUAACUUCUGAAUGUUCACAAACUGUGCAGUACAUGAUUUUCCCCUCAUACUUCAUCUUUCUUUAUAGUGCUUCCUCAUGAAACAUACUCAGAGAAUAUAGCCAGGUACACUUAACAAAAGUAGCCAUUUGUAUCAUUUUAAUUACUAAAAUUGAACUUUUAAUAGAUUUUAAGAAAAUAUCAGUUACGAAUAACAAAGCCAACUUUUUAAACAUCUCUUCUGGUUUAGCCUCUUCCGAACUUAUUUCAGGACGUUUUUGGUUUUGAAGCAUUGCUCUUAUGUCACACUUUUGUUUUCCUUGAGCUACUUUUGCAGAUAAAACACAGAUACCAUUAUUGGUAACAGAUACACAAUUUUCAUUUUGGAGGUAGUUUUAUUUUAAAGUGUCACUGCUGAAAAAAAUUGAACUGUAAAAUUCAAAUCUUAGAGUUGAAACCCUAAUUAGUAGGUUUACUUUAUGUGCGUUUGCCUGUCUUUGGCAGUGGCCUAAACUAUUGGCUGAAUAUGUGACUGUUUUUAAGGUGAGAUUUCAAAGGCACCAAUGAAAGCACUCUUCUGCCUGCUAACUGAUAUUAAAAUCUCCACACUUGUUAUUCCUGUAAGUUGUUCAAGAUGCAAAUAUACUUCAAGUUGUUAGUUUUGAUUGCCUGUGUGCAUAUGAAUUUCACAUUUUUUUCCAUGAGAGCAUGUUUUAAAAAGGGGAACCUAAGGACCUUGGAUAUCUGAGGAAGGGAGUUCUCCCCAUAAAGAGUAAGUUGCACAGAGAAAGGAUACAUCAUGGGAAGACUGGGCAUGUCCAAGUUGUUUGUCUGUUUCACAUUUCUGCCUCCAGCUUGCCCUGUUUACUUUGUUACUUCUUGCUAUUGUAAUAUUAUGAGGUGGCAUUUUCAUAGUAUUUUGAUAUGUUUGAAAACUUCCUGAAUCUGCCAAUAAUAAUAAAUUGUUUUUUUUUUUUUAAAUACAAAACAUGAGCAGUGUUAAAAACUUUUUUUUUAACCGUUUGGUGACCUGUGGGACAUACUGUAUCGCAGCCACUUUUUAUGCCUCUGGAGUUCUUUGGGAAGGAGGUGCCCCAAUUUUAACUCAUGUAGCCUCAAGGUGGGAGCCUUUUGACAUGUGUAAAACUCAAGAACCUUGAGUUGGAGCCUCAUUUUUAUGUAGAUUGAGCAUUGUCUUAGGUGAUGCCUCAUGGAUGUGUGAAUUUUCUAGACUUUUGAUAGGUCUGCCUUUAUUUCUGUGAGAUAAGCCUCCUUAUUAUUUUCUUGUGUGAAUGUUCUUGAGUACACUAUUCACAGUCUUUGUUCAGUCAUAGUGACCAUUUUCUCCUUGGUGCCAUUCAUUAUUUCUAGGUUAUUACUGGCGCUCUGCUUUUCUAACUUCUGAACAGUAAAUAAUGCCUUUGCAAUAAGGAAGAAUGCAUUGUAGUGGUACUUUUCAAGAGACUCGAACUCCUAUAAGUUAUUCUUACCCUGUAUUCAGUCUUAGGGCCCAAUCAUUGCUUCCAUGUGUAGCAGGUGAAUGUACCGCUGUGAGCAGUUCUGCAGUAUUCCAGGGCAGCUGUUUCUGCUUCUUAGUUUUUAGUACUGCUUUCGUUUUAAUGAAGAAUACAUAGUAGUGGUAAUUUUCCUAAGAUUCAAAUUCUUUUAGUUUCAUUUAUCUAGCCUGUCAGUACAGCUUUUGCAAUAAGGUAUAAUGCAUUGUAGUGGUAAUUUUCUUGAGAUAAAAAAUUCCUUGGCUUUGUUUAUUUGGGCUGUAAGUACUGCUUUUGCAGUAAGGAAGAAUGUAUUGUAUCAUGUUUUGAAAAGCUUUAUAAAAAAGCUAAGAAGGAGAAUAAAAUGUAUGUGCCGUCAUUGCCAGGUCGCUUCAUGUUUUCCUUUAUGUUUUGUAAAUUUUCAAGAAAUAAAAUUAAAAGAAUGAUUUUAUCCUUGACUCAUAUUGGUAGGAUUUACGACAUUCAGAGUCUGCUGGGACAUAUGUGAUCCCAGAUAAUGGGUAUCAGAAUCCAUAA